UGUUGCCCCAUGCCCUGGGAUCAGUGUUUCCUGCUUCCCUUCAGCAUUCCCUGCUCUCUGUGUAUUCACAGGACACAGGAAGAUCUCACUGCCAUGAGGGGGAGAAUGAACUCCUUUCCCUGCUCAAGGCAUGGCGAGUACCUGCUGUGAAGGCUUCCCUGCCCCUUCUACAGAGCACUGAGGACUUGAAAGCAAUCCUCUGUACCACAGCAGCCUUUCUACAAGGGCUGCAGGAGCUGGAGGCUGGGAACUUCCCCACUGCCCUCUCCCUCCUUCAGGAGGCUGCUGGAGGAUUCUGCUCCAAGAGGGUCCUGGCACAGAUCUACACCUGCCUUGGCUACUGUGCUCAGCGAAUGGGCAAGCCUCAGACAGCCCUUCAGCACCUGAAACAGGCCCUCCAGGUAGACUUCCAGUGCCUUCCUGCCCUGUCCCACGUGGCAGCAAUGUACCACGAGCUGGGGGAGACUGAUGCGGAGCUGAAGGCCCUGGCUCUGCUCAAUGAGGCUCUGGAAGAAGAAAGUCCAGCAGCUACUUCCUCUAGUCCAUACUUCCUAAUCCAAACAGAGCUUCUUGUCCACACACCAAUACUAGAUUUAAUCCUUCGCCAUCGUCACCCCUCUGAAGUGAAGUACCUGCUGGCACAGCGAUGUCUCCAGGAUGGGAGGGAGGCUGAUGCGGUAGAACACUACCUGGAUUUUCUGGCACUGCUUCAGGAGGGUCUGCAUCAGCAGGUGUCUCUAGAUUGUAGCUCAGGUCUGCCCAGGAUCCCUGAGGCGUUCCUGGAAGCAGCAUCCGCCUUGGAGCAGGCUGGGAGGCACCAGGAUGCCAUAACCAUGUGCGAGGAGGUCAUCAGCCGGACAACUGACCUCAUCCCGCAGAUCUUACGAGUGGAGGAGAGGCUGGAGGAGUGCCCAUCGCCAGAGGCAGGGCUGGCGGGUGGACUCCUGUCCCAGAAGGAGAGUCUGUGCUGCCUUGCCUGGAGAACAGCCGCAUACCUGCACCAGGGGUGGGCAUGGGCCAACCUGGGUGAGAGGAAGGAGGCCAUAACCCAAUUCAGCAGGUGCCUCAGCGAUCUCGUACGAGUCCAGCUUUAUGGGUCUGGUGCUGAACUAGCAGUGCCAGAGAAUCUCCUGCCAGAAUUGGAGGUGCUCCAGAAGAUCAGAUUGCUCUCUCUCAUUGGGCGAGGUGUGCAGUUCCUGGAGCUGGGGAGGCACAAGGAAGCCCUGUUGGAUUUCCAUUAUGGUUUGCAGACCUUGCCAGGUAAGAGGCUCAUUUUGGUGAGGAACAGAGGGGAUUUCCACAAAUUUGUCCUGGGCUGCUUUUCUGUCUUCAUCAGAAAGAGCUUAUGCUUUAGACCACACUUACCUGGAUGUCAAGGACUACAGUACAGCUACAAUCAAUGUCACAUACUUGAAAUGCUUCUGUGGGGCCUGGCCAGCUCACUGCCCUGGAGAUGCAGACCAAAACUAUUGUCAGAGGAGUCUAUUAGAACCCUGCCCACAACCUGUGCCCUGAGACAGCCUGGAAAUUUCUUCCUGCUCAGAGCCCAGCCUGGUACAGCCAGCUUUCUCACAGACAGGGUCUGCUUUCCCAGAACAGAGGAAUUGGAGUCUUGCUUCAUCCUAGGAAGCAGCAUGCUCAUGCCUGGCCAUCCAGAGGCUGAGUAUGGAGGCCUGUCAGUGGAGAGGGGAGCAGGGCAGGGAGCUGUACAUGUCCUGAGCACAGCUGAGUGCUGCUCCCAGUGCUCUAGGUGUGCUGACACGCUGCAGAGAUGUGAGCUUCACGAGGAUUUGCCAAACCUGCUGGUCCCAGUCCUGACUGAGGCUUCCUCCCUUCGGGGGUGCAGACCUGCCUGCAAGGAAAACCCCAACCCGUGUCCCGACAGAGGUGUGGCUGUCUGGGCCGCAGGGCUGAUGCCAUCUGCCUUCACUGCCAGCCCUGGAGUUAAUUAGAGCCUGUGACAUAGCUGGGACAGUCUCCUCCCCAUUACAUCACCUCUCCUCGUGCUCACCUCCUUUGUCUGGCUCUGAAGCUGCUUUUGCAACACCCUGCAACCCACAGCAACACUGGGGACCUGCUCCUCCUCUGCUAACAGCUGAAUCCCCCCCACUUCGUGUC